CAAUAGUGGGAGCCUAAUGGUGGGUAUAUAGGCAGCCGUCUUGCAGCUGAAUGCAACAGACUCUAAAUCUCAUCAACUUGAAUUAACCCUUCGAUUUGCAACCAUCAACCAUUUUCUACAUUCAGCGAGCUGUAACAUUACCAGAAAAGCUUCAUUCCUUGCUACAGUGCACCAUGGUUAUGCUGAAGAUCUCUGCUUUCUUCGUUGCCUACGCUUUGAUUAUCUGUCAGAUGUACAGCUCAAAUGCAGCACCGUCCAGGCCUGCUCUGGAGCCCUCGCCAGACGAAGCCAUGCUCUCUGACUAUGAGGCGAGGCGGUUGCUAAAUGCGUUUAUCAAAGAGUUUGUGCAGAUGACUGCAGAAGACCUUGAUCAUCAGGAGACUGAGGAGAACAGCGUUACAGCACAGAAGCGAGCCUGUAACACAGCCACAUGUGUGACCCAUCGCUUGGCAGAUUUCCUGAACCGCUCAGGAGGAAUCGGAAGCAGCAAGUUUGUCCCAACCAACGUUGGAUCGCAUGCGUUUGGCCGGCGAAGGAGACUUAGUCAAGAGUAGACAAUGUCUUAGCAAUAUGGUCACCAGGCUAUACAUUUACAGCUCUCUGCCAUGCCAUGAUCAAGAGAGAAAAGAAAAAAAAUCAACAUGUGCAUUGAGAUCCCUGGGAAUGGACAUCAUUUCACUCAUCAUCUGAAUGGAUUCCUGUUGACUGCAUUGAUCUGUAAAACCCAACAGCCCAUUCUCAAACUGUUAUUGUUUGGCUCUCUAAAAAAAAAAGAAAGAAAAGGUUAAAAAAGCAAGAAAACAUUAGCAUCCAUUUAAAAGUGGUUAUGCUCAUUUUCCAAUCCAUUUUAAAAAAAAUGGAGGGAGAGUGAUGAGAAUGAUUGUUCAUUCUUUAUUGUCAACAGAGAGCACAUCGUGUGUACAGUACGCUGUGGCCCAUGUUCCUCUGCUGCACGUCGCAGUAUUGUGGGGAUGAAAUUAAAGCAGUGCCUUUAAAAAGGCUUCCCUGACUUAUGGACGUGUCUCGUGCCUUGAUGUAAAUCCACUUUACAUGCCGCUAUUGUACAGAAUGUCUAAUGCAGAAAGAGGGAGUUGCAAUCAAUGAUAAUGACAAAAUUGUAACAAAUGUGAAUCUGAGCAAGAUUAAAAUGUAUUUUAGAUACAUAA